AUGGACUCCGCCUCGCGGACUGGCUCCAAGCCAUAUCACAAGCGGUCUGCGACUUCCACCUCCAAUGGCUCCUCAUCCACGUCCAAGAAGCAACGCUUCGAGAAGCCACAAACAUCGAAUCCCGGUCCACCUGGCGCAUCCAAGAUCAAAGCUUCGAUCCGACAAACGAAGCGUCUGUUGGCCAAACCCAACCUAGCGCCCGGCACCAAGAUCGAAGCUGAGCGUCGACUCAAGUCACUCGAGUCUGAUCUGGAGGUAGCGUCUCGCAAACAAGUCGAAAAGUCUCGCGCGUCUCGUUAUCAUCGUGUAAAGUUCGUCGAGAGGCAAAAGCUGGUUCGGCGGAUCGCGAGGUGCAAACGAAAUUUGGCGCGGUUGGAAAGCGGCAAGUCUGCCCAAGGGUCGGAUUCGGAAGGCGAAGCUAGCGAUGACGAUGAUGCGGGAUACGGGAAGCAGAAGGCAAAGGAGUCCAAGAUGUCCAAGGAGGAGCUAGAAACUCUGCUGGAAUGGCUGAGAGAGCUCUUGCAAUAUGUGGUUCAGUAUCCUGCCGAUCUGAGGUACGUGGCGCUCUUCCCCAACGCAGAAGAGGGACCGAGUCCACCCGAUGCAAAGGAGAAGGACAAGAGCAGGCAAAUGGCGUAUCAGCAUUUGCAGACGGUCAAGAAGGCGAUCAAGGACGGGCAGAUCAGCCAGGACGUAGAAGUCGAGCUGAGUAGCAAGGGUCGGACCUUGAGGAAGCUGGCGAGCAGCAGUAACGGUACGGGCAAAGCAACUUCGCAGGCCACCAGCAAGCAAAAGACGGACAAGAAGUCCGACAAGACAACAAGUAACAAGCGGGAACACGAGAUGCCGAGCAGCGACGACGAUGCGUCCGAGGCGGGUGGUGUCAAAGGCGACGACUUCUUCGCUCAGGAUUCUGAGGACGAAUAG